AAAGAAAGAUUUAAGAUUGCGCUGUGAUUUUGGAUUCAAUCAGAGUCUUUCCUGGAAAAUAUUUUCCCGUUGAUCCAAACACCCUUUGCAUACAUUUACAUUGUCAAGGUGAAGAAAAGAGAAACAGAGGAGGGAGAUGAAUAUAUUCAGGUUAGCCGGUGACAUGACCCAUUUGGCCAGCGUUCUAGUUUUGCUCCUCAAGAUCAACACCAUCAAAUCUUGUGCUGGCAUUUCCUUGAAGACCCAAGAACCAUAUGCUCUUGUCUUUCCUACUCGCUACUUGGAUAUAUUUUCGAGUUUCAUCUCACUUUAUAACACUGUUAUGAAGUUGAUAUUCCUAGGGAGCUCUUUCUCAAUUGUGUGGUAUAUUCGGCACCAUAAGGUAGUUCGUAGAUCUUAUGACAAGGAUCAAGACACGUUCCGACAUUACUUUCUUGUCCUGCCUUGCUUGUUUCUUGCCCUUCUUAUAAAUGAGAGGUUUACCUUCAUGGAGGUAAUGUGGACAUUUUCCUUGUAUUUGAAAGCUGUUGCCAUACUUCCUCAGCUGGUACUGUUACAAAGGACUAGAAAUAUUGACAACUUGACCGGACAAUAUGUUUUUCUUCUUGGUGCAUACUGAGCAUUGUAUAUUUUGAACUGGAUUUAUCUUUACUUCACUGAGGAACAUUACGUCCACUGGAUAACAUGGAUGUCAGGGCUCCUCCAGACGUUUCUCCAUGCUGAUUUCUUCUAGUAUUACUUCCAAAGCUGGAAGAACAACAUAAAGCUUCAAUUACCUGCUUGAAGAUUAGCAAGGGACGAUCUCAAUUCGCAAACAGAAUUGUUGGCAAAGCGACUUGGUUGUAUCUCAAGUGCUUCUUUUAAUCUUCCAAUUCUAAUUUUUUUAGCCUUCAUUAGGGUGUUUUGAGCCUUGUAAUCAAAAUUAUACUCAUCUUGAAAGACAUACGUGUAAGUGAGAUACUUGGUUUUACACCACAACAGAAAUGGUAGGUGCCUUAGAGAUUGUAGUACAUAUUCUUUGUUUGAAAAAUGAAAAUUGAACACAUUCUUUUGUUUGAAAAAUGAAAAUUGAACAGUUAU